AUGACCGGAUCUGGAAAGACGACAUUCAUUGCCAAUGCGACUGGACGGACAGACCUAAAGAUAGGCCAUAAUCUUACUUCAUGUACCCAGGAAAUACAAAUUAUCGAGACUACGCUUGAUGGUCGCACUGUCCGCUUUGUCGAUACUCCAGGCUUCUCCGAUACAUAUCUCUCAGACACCGAAGUCCUUGAAAUGAUUGCAGACUACCUAUCGGCCGGAUACUCCAAGGAAAUGCGCCUGUCGGGCAUAAUAUACCUUCAUCCAAUUUCAGAUAAUCGCGUCACCCACCAUGCCACUAAAAAUCUCGACAUGUUCCGAAAACUCACUGGGGAGAAGAACCUCAAGAAUGUGAUACUGGCGACCAGCAUGUGGGAUAAGGUUACUCCAGAGGAAGGCCUAAACCGUGAGCUGGAACUCAAGAACAAAUUUUGGAGCGUUUUCAUGGCAUUCGGUGCACAGUACUGUCGACAAGAUACGUCGGCCAAAUCCGCCAAGCAAAUCGCAUCCAUGCUAAUGGACAACGAACCUUUUUACCUAGAGCUGCAGGAGGAGAUGGGAAAAGAUAACAAGGCUCUCAAAGACACUGCAGCGGGGAGGGAGAUUAUGAGCCAACUCUCACUGCUGAAGGAACAGCAACAAAGAGAACUCACUGAGAUGAAGGAGAUGCUC